CAGAGGCGAGGGCAGAAGCGUUCUGCUUGCUGCGCCUGCUGUCUGGGAGCUGCUGACCGCUCUCCCCCAUCAGCGCAAGUCAUCCAGGUGGACCACGGCGACACGAUGCUGCUCCUUUUCCUGCUCACUCCACUAGUCCUCACAACAGGGGAACCUCUGUCUGGCUCCUGCAGCUUUGCCCAGGGCACCUGUGGCUACACCUCUGACCCCGCGUUCGCUGAGUGGACCAGAAGUGCGGAUGGACACUUCCUGAUCAUUGACCACACCCUCACGGAAGGGGUUGAAAAGGCGGUUCUGGUGAGCCCAGAGCUAGAGCUGCUGGAGUGGAGCUGCCUGAGGGUUGUGUAUCAGAUCACUGGGUCGGGUUCCCUCUGGCUGUACCAGCGGCCCGAAGGGCACAACUUUGACACCAGGCUCUGGGCUACAGACGCACCCUCUGACAGCUGGCUCACUGCCAGCGUAGACCUCCGCAACUCAUCAGUCUCCUGCAAGGUCAUCUUCGAGGGACAUCUUGGUCCAAAGGUGCAGAGCAGUGUGGCCAUCAUCAAAGUGGACAUUGUCCCUGGCUACUGUAUAGAGUGUGGCUUUGAGGAGUCCAACCUGUGCGCCUACAGCACCCCCUGGAGCACCGGUGUUUCCUGGUACGUAGGAGGAAGCAGCGCUCAUUCUGGAGACGCCACCUGGAGCAAUGAGACAGGUCGCUACAUGUAUGCAGAUUCGGUUUUCGGCAAGGAAGUUGCUAAGCUGGUGUCUCCGAUGACCACCACGCCGCUGGCCGGCUGCCUGUCCUUCUAUUACCGGUCAGAUCAGGAGAGCAAUUGCUUUUUCAACGUCCUCACCAGGGACCAGCUCGGACAGUACAGGGACAUCUGGAGGGCUGAAAUCAACAGGACCUCAGGCUGGACGUUGGCACAAGUGGACUUCAGGGCACCCUAUCCCCUGGAGGUGGUGUUUGAAGUGGCCUUCAACAGUCAUGUGGGAGGAAGGAUGGCACUCGACGACAUCUCCUUCUCUCCUCAGUUCUGCUACUCAGAAACUGAGGUGACCUUUGACCCUUCUGUUGCAAACUGUGAUUUCGAAGAAGGGCUUUGCAGUUAUAAACCUGAGCAGGCUGGAUGGAGCCGAGUAUCUGUCAAGCCCAACAUAUUUAGACUGGGGGACCACACUACUGGUUCAGGGUCGUUCCUCAUGGCAAACACCCGUCUCAUUCCCCCACCUGCCUACAUGAGCCUGCUGUAUGGUCCUUCUUUGCCUGGGAACCUGACUUACUGCCUGCGCUUUUACUACACGCUGAGCGGUUUCACCAGAACGGACCACGCUCUAACCGUCUACAGCAGUGACCAUAUUGGUGGGGCCGAAGAGGAGAUCUGGACAGUGACUGAAAGUACCAGAAAUGUGUGGACCGAGGUGCAUGUCACCUUCCAAAGACGCCAAGCAGCAAAGGUGCUGUUUGUAAGUAUGUGCUCAAACUAUAGAGACUGCGGUUCGGUGGGACUCGAUGACAUCAGUAUGAGUCUCGGAGACUGCCGCCUCACUGCAGGUGCGUCACCAGGGACGUGUACAUUUGAGAUGGGUAUCUGUGAGUUCUCUCAGGACAAGGACAACGACUCGGGGAAGUGGGUGCUGACCAGAGGGCCGACACCCACCUCCUACACCGGCCCUAUGGGAGAUCACACCACAGGGACGGGCCAUUACAUGUACCUUGAGGCUUCGCAGAUGCGCCAAGGACACAGAGCCCGUCUGGUGUCGAACAAGCAGCGUGGAUCGGGGAGUCCGCAGUGCCUGCACUUCCACUACCACAUGUACGGGUCUGGGACAGGCGAGCUCCGUGUCCUCCUCCAGCUGGAUGGCGAGGAGAGUUACGUAUUGCUGUGGAGUCGCCAUGGUGAACAGGGCAUCUCCUGGAUGAAAGGUUCUGUGAGCUACCAGAGUGAUCGCCAACACCAGAUUGUGUUUGAGGCCAUCAGGGGAACAUCGGUUCGGAGUGACAUUGCAAUCGAUGACAUUGUCUUUAAAAAGGGGUCCUGUCAAGAGGUGGAUACCAACCCAUACUACAGCUUCUCUGAGAAUGUCAACAAAAUAGAGUACUGAAGCUUGCACUGCAACAUGAGGUUCAGAGCUGCAGGAAACAUUGAGUGUAGCUAAAUCUGACAGGGGCCCCUCCUCCUCACAAGCUACCAGAAGAGGUAUCCCAAAGAUGACUUUAUCAGCCAGCUGCAGUGCUGGACAUGCGGAGAUUGCUCGACUGGAUAACUUUCAUCAUUUUCAUCAGAACUAAUCUGCAUAAACACCACUUGGAUCUCAAAGUUCCCGCAAGCAGCACUUCCUGAGGACUUGGUUGGAUGUUCUCAAGGAGCGCGGGUUGUGGGAUGACCCCAUGGACACAAACCGGGAGUUCAGCUGAAAGGAAAUGUUGGACCAGUUGCAUGUUGUUAUAAACUUGUGUGUCAGAAAUGUUUCUCCAUAUACACAGACAUUCAUUUAGCUUUGUGUUGGCCUCACAGCUAUAUCACAGAGACCAUUUUGCAAAUAAAG